AUGGCGCUCCGCAGAGCUCGAGCCCUUAACUUCCUCGAUUUGGCUAAGCUCUAUCCUUCUUCAUCCCAUCUCCUCCGCUCCGCCGCCUUGCCGGAUCAAUCCCCCUCCCUCCCCUGCAGGAUUCUCCCCCGCCGGCCGAUUCUCCGGGCCGCCGCGGGCGUGCGGCGGGAGCUCUGGUGCGGGCUAGGAUUUCUAUUGCUUCAGACGCUGGGAUUCUUCCGGCUUACAUUCUGGGAGCUCUCCUGGGAUGUAAUGGAGCCGGUUUGCUUCUACGUAACUUCGAGCUAUUUCAUGGCGGGCUAUAGCUUCUUCCUGAAGACAUCCAAAGAGCCGUCUUUUGAAGGAUUUUUCGAAAUUCGAUUUGCCGCGAAACAGGGGAGAUUGUUGCGGGAUUCAAAUUUUGAUUUGAGAAGGUUUGAUGAGCUUAAACGGCAAGUCAGCUUCUUUCCACAUCAGCGGGUGCUGUAG